UUCUAUACAUACAGCACCUACUGUGUACACAUUUGGGACCGUUCCUUUCCAGGGGCAGGCAGUUUUGAGUGACUGGUGUCCUCUGUGUCUCUGUGUCUACAGAAGGGAAUUCUAACUGUGGGAUUUGACUGUUUUGAUACAGAAGCAUUCUACUUCUAGUUGGUGUAGAUUCUGUGUUUUUUACCGACGUAUGAGGUCUGACCACACCGUCGCGAUGUGAAGAACAAAUCUGGAGAUCAUUUUCCAGGUAUCGGAGACAGACAUCUGGUCAGGGUUUGGGCCCUACAGAGGAGGGGACGAGCAUCUCUCGUACAUGUGCGUACAACACUGGUGCAGGGGGCGCUUCCUUGACGUGGGAAGUGCAGCUGGCGGCAGUAAAAAGAGCAGUGGCAACGUGUGUGACAAAUCAAGUACCUUACAACUGUACUGUGUCCUCGGGGUUUUCCUCCUUGUUCACCGUGACGACAGACCAGACACAGGCUACACUCACAUGGAACGCUGACAGAAGGUUUUUGUCUCUGUCUUGCUCACAGUUUUCUGUGAUAGCCAGUUGGACCCUUGUUACCUAUUCAAAACCGACAGACCUCACGUGCAGAAGCCCAGAGAUUACAAACAACGACAACACAGUGUCUGUGACGUGUGUGUCCAGUGACAUCUUUCCUCAAGACCCCCGAUGUGUGCUGUACAGACAGACUGAUGGUGGAUCCCGUGUCCAGACGUCCGUGCCCCCCAGUUAUGGCACAGAUACAACUGGGAGUGUUUCUGGACCUUCGUGCACGUUCACAAUCCAGGCCUCAGAGCUGGGGGCAGGAACUCACAGCCUGUCAGUCAACAUGUACCCACAGUUUGAUGGGAGUGGAGAGAAUUACGGAGUAAACAGGGCGGUAUCUCCUGACGUCACUUUUUAUUAUCCCGUCCCUGAAAUCGUGAACUGUCCUUCCGGAGCAAAGGUCAGCGGUAACUACAUCAUGUCCGGGUCAACAGCCACUUGUGAAUGUCGUCAGAAAACUGAGGGUUUUCCUGCAGGCACAGUUGUUCUGUCUCAAGGCGGGUCUACCUUGGGCUCAGGAACUGUCGUCUCUGGGAAUAUCAACAACCCUGGGAACAACAACAAUGACCAGACGUUGACUUGUCGUUCUGAGUCUUCUCUGGGUCAAGCAGGUCCCUCUGUCUCCAAGACCGUCAAGUUUGCCUACGGACCAAAUAGCGCUACCUUGACCUUCUCACCGACAAGCCCGUCCAGUUUGUGUCAAGGCACCAGUCUCAGUGUUGUGUCCACUUGUACUGUUGGCCCUAGUACAGUAAACCCUCAGCCAGACUACAAAAUCUCCGUGAACGGUACACCAGUAGGCACAUCUGUACAGCAGACUCUACAGUUACAGCGCGGAGCUCACAACGUCAGAUGUCGUGUCGAGAACUCGUUAUUUCCCACCGAUCUCUUCACUGAUGUCACUGAGAUGUUCAUUGUCAGAGUCCUUCCGCCAGACCCUCCAGAGAUCUCUGUGAGUCAGUCGUCGGUCCUCAGUACUGGAGAAAUCCUGGUGAAGGAAAAUGUCACAACCGGUGUGCAGUGUGUGGUCCGAGGGGGAUAUCCUGCUACAAGUGACGUACGUCUGAGCUGUCCUAGUUCUCAGGUCGGUAGCUCUGGUGUGAGUUCUGUGGUCGUAACUAGGUCACAAGUGACACAAUGCUCGUGUACGGCCACUCACGACAGUGGAUGUUACAACAAACGGAGUGACGUCACCAUCAAAGCUGCCUAUGGCCCUGAAGGCGUCACGUUGGAGAGAAAAAACGUGAGCCCCGGGGAGACCGGAACGUAUAAUCUGUGUCCGUCAGUGACACCAGAUAUAACAAUGGAAUGUUCUGUGGGAGCUGUUUAUCCAGCAGCAAGUUUUACCCUCACUAUGACGUCAACAGGAACACAAACUCUUGAUACAUGUACAGGAAACAAUAAUAAAUGUUCCUACAACUUUGUGCCUACAAGGGGAGGUAAUCACGAGUUCCGGUGUGGCGCUGUGAACAGCGCUUUUGGAGAUCUGAGGGGAGACAUUCCACCUGUACAGGUUUACGUGCGAGAACCUCCCAAGACGGCCCCUACACUGGUCAUCAACGGUAAAACCUUCACUGGUGUCAGUGCGGGGAACACCAUUGUUCUUGAAGCAGGCACAGAACACAGCGUGGAGUGUCACGUCGAUGGGGGAUUACCGGAAAUCUCUGCCUCCGACAUCUCUCUACAGUGUGGGGGUCGGGACGUGACUGAUGGAAAGUUUGUCCCCUCCUUGUUGUCGGUUCGUCUCAACGAGACCAGCUGUAGUUGUCGGGCAGAACAUCCUAGUGGGUGCUACGACUUGGGGACAGAAGUCAUAGUGUCUCUAACAGACGGAGGCACAAACGGUGAGAAGUUGGAAAAACAAUGUGAUGAUCAGGAGAUUAUAGCAGUAGCAGUUGGAGCAGCCGUGGCAGCGUUUGUCCUGGGUUUUAUUACUGCAGUGGCUGUGUACUGCGUGUUCUCUAGGAAAGGAUGGCUUCCCAAGAAUUUUGGACGCUCCAAGUGUGGAAACCCAAAGGAGAAGCAAGAGCUAAACUCAGACGGUCUCCCCUAUGAGUUCUCUGACCUACGUCUCAGCGAUACGGCGCACCCGAACCAACAAGACGACAAGAGGCGGGGCACGAGGAACCACACUGAGGCCAGCACUACUGCAGGCCGCCAAGAAGAAAGUCCGUACGUGGACAUGGAUUCUGUCCAGAUGUCGUCACAGGACGUCCACACCCCGGUCCUGAUUGGAAGAACCAUGGCGGAAAUCAUUACCCCUGACGCCACACAGACAGACGGUGACGGGGGACGUUACAACAACGUACUGGUGACGUCACCGGUGUCAAGAGCAGCACCAGGAGGUCAAGGUCAAACCCACAAUCCUGGAACGUAUGACAUCAUUGCGGAUCCAGCCAGAGAAGCUUUUGCCCAUCCUUACAUGAGACAUCAACCUGAUGCAGAAUAUUCUAACACUGAUGAAAUGGACGGUCCGUCUUCUUCCCUGCAGAACAAUUCCACAGGAAAAGGGACUUAUGUGAACAUGGAGAAAAACAAGAAGCCAAGAACCAGUCCUUAUGCCAACAUAAAUUAACACAACGUGUCUGGUCGCACUUGAUUCCAGAAGGGGAAAAAGCAGAAACACAGGACAACGCGUAGCAGCUUUUACAUGUUUCUAGAAUCUGACUGUGUAUCUUUCUUCUCUACGUUCCUUUUUACAUCUAAGGGACAGUCGACUGUUGGUUCUUUAACCUGCAGUGCAACUGACUUUUACCCAAGUGACCGUCAGGAAGCAAAUUCCCAUUUCGAAGGUAGUAAAUAUACGAAUGUAUAUAUAUUUUUUAUAGUAAAAAAAUAUACAUAUAAAUACGUAUACAUAUUAUUUUAUAUAACUUGCUAGAGUAUUUACUUCAGGUCCAUGACACGGGAAACUAAACAAAGUCAGGGAUUGCUGGGUUCAACGAAGUACGGUGUGGCUUUACGCCACCGAGUCGUCACGCUAGCCGUGAAGGAGAAGCCGGGUCACCGCGAAAAGUGGCAGGCUAACGGGGCUCUGGUGAAACUGGGACAGGCCUAGCAAGUCGGCAGCGGAUUAUUUAUAGCUAAAAACACAAGUAGAAGAAAGAAACGGACUAAUACAGACGGAAAACGACCCGAAAACUUUAAAGGACAAGGAACUAAAACUCAUUACUUUCAUUAAAAUGUGGAGAAUACCAAUACUUGGACUGUCGGAUUGCCGUUUAAAAGGAAGUGGAACCAAGAAAAUACAUGAAAAUUACGUACUAAUAUGGAGUGGAGCAGAUAUGUGUGUGAGAGAGAGAGAGAGAGAGAGAGAGAGAGAGAGAGAGAGAGAGAGAGAGAGAUAGCUAUUCGUGGUGUGGGAUUCAUAAUACAACCUGACACGGAAGAAAGAGUUAUAGGGAAAGAAUUAAUAUCAGGAACGAUCUUGAAAAUCAGAAUACAGAAAGCGCAAAAAAGGGAAUCUAUCGUCCAAGUCUACGCCCCUUGUAACGACACAUACUCAAGGGAAGAUAAAGAAGAAUGUUUUCAGAAGUUGGAGGACACCAUAGACAGCGUACCUGAUGAGGAGGAACUAAUCAUAAUGGGAGACCUUAAUAAACACAUAAGCCCAAGAAUAACACCAUGGGAAAAGAACAUUGGACCACACGGUGACACCAGCUCAGAUUGUAACUAUAAUGGGGAACAACUAUUAGCUCCCUGUGCGGAGUAUGCAUUAUACAUCAGAAAUACUUUUUACCAGCACUGGCCAAGUCAAACUCAGUAAUGGAACAAAUAGAACAACCUAGAUAUUUCUUCACAGAUCAACUUCGAACUAAAACGAAUCGCCUAUAAAACAAAAACAACUGAUGCAAGAUCAAUCUUAAACAUCACCUUUGAUACAGAUCGCCGACCAGUGAUGAUGACGAGUAAAGAGAAAAAAAGACCCGAGCGAAAACAUAAUAAGAAACAUUCAGAGAAAAUUAAUUUACGAAAACUCAAUGAAGAGGGCAAUGUGCAGAAAGUUGAGGACGAGAUCACGAAGAGACUAGAAAACCAAGACACCGAAGGAUGUUGAAGAAACAUGGACUGUCAUUAAAAACUUGGUUACAGAAACACUGAUAGAGGUAUGUGGGAAGAAGAGAAUUGGGAAGAGGAUACGUUAAAAGAAUACUAUGGUGUUAUGACAAAGUUACAGAGGUAAUCAAAGAAAAGAAGACACUUUUUCAGAAAUGGAUAAAAA